GCUUUUCCUUCAAUCAGCAGUCAGUCGCUAGCCUUUGCCCAUGUGAAGAGAAACGUUUGCACUUGUGCUCGUGCCGUCGUCGUCGGUCGUUGUCGUCGAGGAUUUUGGGUUUUGGCUAUCAGAGCGCGCACACACAUACACAAAUACGAAAUAAAAGAACCAAAAAAAUAGCAAAGAAAUUCAUACACGUAUAGAAAAAAGCGCAGCAGUGAAAAUGAAAUGGCAAUAAUGUGAUAAAAAAAUCAAAGGAAUAGAAGCAGCACCCGAAAGGCAGAACCAAAUAUUUCUCUGCAUAUUCAUGUAAAAACUAAAAUACAAGAAAAAAAAACAGAAUAAUUCGGAGAGCAACAACAACCACAACAAGACAACAGCUACAAAAACAAAAACAACAGCCAAAGCAGCAGCAAUAAAAUCAAGAGCGUGCCAGGCGCGAGAGCCAAAGCACAAGCAAAAGCACUCGAUAAAAAGUUAUUAGCAAAAACAUAAAUACGUAACUUGCUCUCUGGACUCUCACUCCCUCUCUCACUCUCUUCCACACGCUCUCACUGUCACUGUAUAAAGGGCGCCCAACGCCAACGCGCAGCCCAACUGUUCUGCGAGCGUGUAUGUGUAUGUGUGUGUGGGAGAGGCAGAACGAGACGGACUGUAGGUAGGUCAGUGGCAGUGGGCGGCAGCCUAGCAGCAGCGCCAGCGCCAGCGGCAGCGGCAGCUGUGGCAGCUACGCCAACGCCAAACGCCAAACACCAACAUCAACUGUAAAUCGCAAAGGGCAGUAUGUCCUGCACCGUCUCCGAAAUGCCCAGCGGCUGUCGCUUGCGCGGCAUGAAUGCAUCCUCACAAAGCGCAGCUGCAGCUGCGGCCGCGGCCGCGGCCAACAAUGGCAACGGGAACGGCAGCAAGGAGAGCGUCGGAGUUGGAGCUGGCAGUACCGCAGCGGGCGUUGGAGGUAACGGCGGCACAACGGGCACCAGCACAACGCUGCAGGGCAGCGUGAGCGCCACAUCGAAUGUGCUGCAGGAAUCAAAUGCGCCGCUGCAGCGGCCGCAAACACAGAAGCCGUGCUGCUUUUGUUGGUGCUGUUGUUGUUCCUGCUCCUGGGCUAAGUGUCUUGCCAUCAAGAAUGCGGAUGAAAAUGCGCCCACCAAACGUGAUCUCGUUAGCGCCGAAUUCCUAGAUGGCGAUCAACCCACAUUAGAAGAAAUACGUAGUUGGGGUAAAAGCUUUGAUAAACUAAUGACGAAUUCAAAUGGUCGCAAAGUGUUUCGUGAUUUUCUGCGGAGCGAAUUUAGUGAGGAGAACAUACUGUUCUGGUUAGCUUGCGAGGAUCUGAAGAAGGAGAACAGUCCCGAGGUGGUGGAGGAGAAGGCGCGCCUGAUAUAUGAGGACUAUAUAUCGAUACUAUCGCCGCGUGAGGUGUCGCUCGAUUCGCGAGUUCGGGAGAUUGUCAAUCGGAAUAUGAUAGAGCCGACGACUCGCACCUUUGACGAAGCUCAAAUACAAAUCUAUACGCUGAUGCACAGAGACUCAUAUCCCAGAUUCCUAAACUCGCAAAAGUACAAGACACUCGCUCAACUGCAAGACAAUUCGAAUGCCGGCUCCAAGGCGGAUAGUCCCACUUAGAAUGUUAUUUAACUGAUUUCGGACUUUCUCUUAACUUUAGUAUUCUUUAUUAUGUGUUUGGGAUGAUCCUUAGAGUCGAGGCGACAAAUGUAGCCGCUGUCCUGCCGUCGUUCGCUCAGCUUUUGUUUAAGAAGAAAAGAAAAUAUAUAGAAGCAAUAUGUCAUAAAAACUUAAUAAAUACAACUAAUUCCAAGAGCAAAGUAUAUAUAGAGAGAUAUAUACAAGUUAGCUGACGAUCGAUGCAAGCAGUGGCAACAAUUACGAUUGACUCUAAGCGGGAUAGAUACCAUAUAUAUAGGGCAACGCAACAACCAACUUAGACGAUAUAUGAUGCAUUAUGUGAAACCGAUUCCUUCUUUACAAUGUUCUAGUCGUUAACAAAAAAUUAAGAAA